CCAUGUAUGCUGAGAAUCUUUGGUUUCAGGGGAAGUGAAAAUGCUGACCUUACAAGUACAACACUGUAGCUUCAUCUGUCCUAACGACAAAGUUCGAAGCUUUGAUAAUGUCUUCGUGAAAACUGGCGGCGGAUUAGUCACUGUAGUGGCGAAAAAGAGAGGCUUGCCGGAGAAAGCAAACGAGAAACGACCUUUCUUGCAGAUCAAAGUCCCCAACACAAUCCUCGCUCGAUCUGCAAUAGCUGUUCUUGGUUUGGGAUUCAUCGAUGCUGGGUAUAGUGGUGAUUGGUCAAGAAUAGGUGUGCUCUCAAAAGAAACAGAAGAGCUGCUCAAGCUUGCUGCUUUUCUUGUUGUCCCUCUCUGUAUCUUUCUUGGCCUUUCAUUCUCCGAUGAAUCAUCUGAUUAGAGGAAUGUGGCAGUUUGUUUACUUUGAAUAUUCUGUGUAGUAGCACACUGUGACAGUACGUUUUACUUUGAAAUAUUCUUGGUAAAUGAAAAAAUCAUUUAUAACA